UAUAUUAUAAUGUUUUGAUGUUUGAGAUGAAAAAGAUAGGGUUUAACCUGAUAUUUGAGAUGAAAAAGAUAGGGUUUAACCUGAUAUUUGAGAUGAAAAAGAUAGGGUUUAACCUGUAUUGUUGUUGAAGUGUAUGUUUGGGUAAAAUUGGGGUUUUGGGGGUUAAUUGUGGGUGGCCAAUUUGCAGAAACUAUUUAAAAUAUGUAGUAUUGUCGCGCUUUUUGGAGGAUUGUGGUCGCGUGUUGGUAAUUGUCCCAAAUUGGCGAUGAAAUGAACGGAAUUGUGUAAAGUGAAGGUUUAAUUAGGGUUAAAUAAAAUAAUUAAUUGAAAUACUUGCAGUAUGGUUGGGUAGAAUUCGGUUGGGUUCAACGAAAAAAGGGUUGAUUUUGGUUAAUUCGGAUGUUUACACAAAUGGAAAUUUAAUUUUGUUUACACAAUUGAAAAUUUUGUUUACACACAAUUGGAUCUUUAAUUCAUUUUGGCUGGACUAAAAUUAAAUGUUAUGAAUUAUGUUUGUUGUGGGUCGCCUACUUUAUUUGAUUAGAGAAAGAUGGAGAGAAGCUUCUAAAUUCAAAGUUUUCCUGUGUUUUGAGAUUGGGCUUUGAUGUAUAUGAUAGUAUCUUAACUAUGGGGUUUUUUUUUGUUGGAGGAAAAAAUUAUGUUAUUGUGUUCACAAUAUAUGUUUAUGUGAAUGUUGAAAAGAUUGUGAUUAUUGUAAGGGUAAAGAUAAUUUUUUUCUUUUGUGUCUCGUAUAUUUGCAUUCAUGGUUGAUGGUGAUGAUGGGUUUAUGUGGGGUUAUGGUGAUGAUGGGUUUAUGGUGAUGAAGUAAUUAUUUGUUGUUAUUGUGUGAAAGUAAUGAUUUUUGAGAAGCAAAUGUGGUAGAAUUGGGAUGCAAAAGCAAUGAAUUUGGAGGCUUAAUAAGAUGAAUUCAGUAUAAAUAAUGUAGGUUUACUCAAUGUGAUUGAAAUGGUUGAAAAGUAUAAUAAUGGAUUUUAUGCUUUAUUAGUUGUAAGAUGUGUUGUUGUAAGAUGCCUUAUUAGUUGUAAGAUGUUUUGUUAUAAUAAUAGAAUUGUUUUUUAAAAGCUAAUCUGUGGUUUCAAGUUGUGGGCAGUCAUGAAGAAGAAGUCACUUGUACGAUCGAUGAAUCGGACAAAGUGGGGGGGUCCAUUAAAAAGGGAGGUACGCAAACCUGUGGGUUCGUCAUCGAACCUCAAGUGUGUGGGGAAAUUGAAACCAUUGGCGACUGCUAAACGCAAGGCAAAAUAUGAUUUGGAAGAGUAUGAAGAAGAAGAUGAUGAUCAUGAGCAAUCUGUGAAUUCGAGCGGUGAUGGUGAUUCGGAUUCAAGUUCUGGAUUUAUGAAGGUGAUGAUGAAGGAGUACUUGAAGAGAAAGGAUAAGAAGAGAAAAGGCAAGUCCGGCGGGGCGAAUAAGAAGGGUAUUAAAACAGAAGGACAUAGAGUACUUGCUGAUGGUUCAGUCCUACGGACACAUUAUGAGAAUAUUGGGAAGGUACAACAAUAGUGGAAAAGUUUUGUUUCUUGGUGAAGAAGUUUGAUCAGAAGAGAAGGGAGUUGGUUCAGAGGAUGGGAUUUGGGGGCUUGCUGCAUCUGGAUAUGAAAAAUAUCCCGAGGCAGUUUUGUUACUGGUUGAUGACCAGGGUUUUUGGUGAUGGGACCAUGAUCUUUGGAGAUGGUUCAAUUCUUCCUUUGGGUGCGAAACAAGUGAGGUCCAUCCCUGGUAUUCCUAUGGGAAGCAAGGAAGUUCCAGUAGUUCUUGGUGAUGAUGAAGAGGAUACCCAGAAGAUUAUGCGGGUGUUUCAACAAUACGGAGUUGGGUUGAAGGGAGAAACAGUCUCUCUGAAUCUUGCAGCUGAAGCCAUGUGCCCUGAGCUUGAAGAUGGUUCUCUCGUGGAGUUGCAGUCUGAAGUGGAUGAAGAGGACUUCAUGAUUGCUUUCCUAAUUGUUGCCCUUGGGAUGAUAGUGUGCACGACCACAAAUAGUUAGAACUUGGCUGCAUCCUUAGUGCCAACAUUGGCAGUUGCAUGUAUUGCUGGAGAGUAUGAUUGGUGCAAGUUCACCAUUGAUUGGGUGCGUGACUGUGCUGAUAGAUUUCAGUCAAAGUUCCAGAAAGAUGGUUUUCGAUGCGGGUGUGGUGGGAGCUUUGUGUUUCUUAUGGUAAGGUUACCAUUAUCUAUUUGGUUAUGUAAUGCAUUAAGAUAAUAUAUGGUAAUGAUGUUUAUUUUUUUGAAAAUGCAGAUUUUUUAUUUCGAUCACCUCCAUCGGGUACCAAAUAGGUGGGGUAUUUACCCUAGGUUGAUGGUGUGGGAUACGGAAAAGUUGAGAGCAGUUGUAGAUGAAGAUCGGAAGUCUGAGGAAGAGUUUGGCUAUUUGCCGGUUCUAGACAUUGCAUAUGGGGAGUACCAUCCUCUCGUGCCACGUGAUGAUGGAGAAUUGGAGAUGGUGCAAAAUAGAGUUGAUAAUAAUUCCAUUACUAACUUUGUUACUUCAAUGGCAAAUCAGGUGUUUGCUCUUUUAACUCCUAGACUUGUUAGUCUAGUUGAGGGGAUAGUGAGCAGUGCACUAGGUAGUGGGUCCAAGGCUGGUCAAACGAAGAACAAUGAAGAUAUGCACACUCUUAGCAGUGCUAAAGGGAGCCAGCCUCGUCUUAGUGGCAGCAGUAACAAGGGCGCGAAACUGUUGAAUGCUCCUAAAGAGAGGACUCCCCCAGUUGAGGAGGACAAAGAAUCUUGAAAUUCGAGCAAUAAUGGGAAAGAUGUGGGUUUGAUGAAUCGGGAAACAAUUUAUGAUAAGCGUUUGGACAUGUUUGUGAAAGGGUGGAAGGAUCUGAGGGAUGAAAGCUAGUAAGUUUUUUUUUUUUGGUUCAUGAUUGUGUUAAUAUGUGCAUGAAAUUGAUAACAACCUUGUACUAAUGCAAAGAUUAUGUGACGGCAGGAGGACAGCUGAGGAGGACAGCUCUUGGCAAAAUAACCCUAAAUGUGACGGCAGGAGCAAUAGAACAUGCUACUACUUUUCAAGUGGUAGACU